AAAAAUUUUCAAGUUUUACUUUUAACUUUUAGCUUUUAGGUACGUUUCUGCAGAUUGACUGCUAACCAUAAACUAAUAAACAUAAACAAUUUUGUUUGAUUGAAUAGUUUGCAUAAUUUAGCUCUUUCAUUUUACAAAACGCAUUUGCGGUUUGCCAUUUGUGCAUGAUCGCAAAAGUAGAAACUGCAUCAGCGGUGUUUCGUGUUCUGGGCCAGUUGGCGAAAAUGGAUAUCGUCCUUGUACUUCUGUGUGGGCCUCCCGCAGUUGGGAAAUCGACAUUGGCGAAGGAUAUCUUGACAAAACUUUCUGGACAGUGCGGAAAAACAUCCGUUCUUCCCGUGCAUGCUUAUCAUAUAGAGUACGACAGGCUAAUUCCUGUCAUCCAGCCACUGCAAUGGAAAAGUCAACGCGACAGUGUUGCUCGCGCUAUUGUGGACGUGUGCCAGUUUUUGAAAGUAUCGAGCUCCGAUAAUUCGUCCGUAUCGACCUGUGCGCUUUCUCCGCUCGCACUGAAGAUCAUGGAAGAAACUGACACAGCAGUUACACAUGCAGUUACACAUUUAAGCGAUACUGGGCGAGAGCGGUUAUCGGUAGUUUUCCUUCUCGACGAUAAUUUUUAUUACCGCAGCAUGCGAUACGAUAUCUACAAGCUGGCCGCGGAUCUGCAAGCGAGGUUCGGAGAAGUUUUUGUUAGCACAGCGUCUACGGAAACAGCUCUGGCACGCAAUGUGAUGCGCUCGACUUCGGUCACCGAAAGCACAAUUACUCGAAUGCUCCGUGAAUUUGAGAUGCCAAAUUCAGCCGACAAGUUUUUCGAAAAGAAUUUCACCAGUAUUAUAUCGCCUUGGUCAGUCGAAGAUUUAACCGAUAUUGUACAGUUCAUUGAAGGUUUGUGGAGAGAUCCUCCUGUUCGCAUAAACCGGCACGAAAGGGAUUGCAUUGAACGGGAAACAACUCUCGCACGUGAAGUUACAAAAAAGUCCGUUCUGCACCAAGCAGACUGUAUUUUACGUAAACGGGUUAGCGAAAAAUGUAAUGUGAUUAAUGGCGCAAAAGGAGAAAAUAAUGCGAAACUGAUUGCUUUCGCUAAUUCUUGUAGAAAAUCGAUUUUAAAAAGUCUCGAAAAAUCAGAAUUGGAUUACUUUGCUUUGCAUAUGUGUGAGUUGGAAGAUUUCUUGGUGCAAUCCUUCAAUAAAGCGCAUGAACAAUUUUAG